AUGGCAGGCUGGGGAGCGGCAGUACACAGCCCUGACUUCCACGACGACUUCACCCUGGCUUCUACAUCUGCUGGUACGGACGCCGAUGGUCCUGGCUCCGGGCUCACCAGUCCCGUCCAGGGCCACAAGAGAAACGCGUCCUUUGCCGGCCUCGAGAGCUCGCCCGCCAGCGUCGAGUCACUCGAUCAGAACGGCGAUGGGUCCCGCGAUCCAAGGCGUAGACCUGUGAAGAGGGCUUGUAAUGAGUGCCGACAGCAGAAGUUGCGGUGCGAUGUCGUACAAGAACCCUUCCAGACCUGCAGCCGCUGCAAGCGACUGUCGCUCGACUGCAAGAUCGAGGACAACUUCAAGCGUGUUGGCAAGAGAUCGCGGAAUGCAGAGAUGGAGCGCGAGAUCAUCGAGCUUCGCAAACAAGUCGCGCGACAACAGUCCGGCCGUCUGGCUGGUGCGCCGCUCCCGAACGGUACCGCAGACUUUUCACAAACAGCGACGGCUUCUUUCACGCAGGACGCCGCCGCCGCAGGACUUCUUGACCUGAGAGGAGGGGCCUUUGAGAAGAGCCCGGCGAGGGCAAUAUUCAAGCGCCUCGAGGACGUUAGUCUCACCACGGAUCGUGUGCAGGAGCUCUUUCAACGCUUUUUCACAUUGCAUCAUCCCUUCGUCCCCUUCCUCAAUCCCGACCGAACCCCGGAUGAAUACUUUUCCAAGUCUCCUUUGUUGUUCUGGACCAUCAUAAUGAUAGGAGCCCGCAACUAUACCGCCGAACCCGCGCUGUUCAAUGCUGUGACCGGACCCCUGAACCGGCUAUUAUGGUCGACGAUUUCCGAAGUCCCGCAGAACUAUCAUGUUGUCAAAGCACUGGUUCUUCUGUGUGCUUGGCCCUUCCCGACGAGUAGCACAUCUAGCGAUUCGACGUUUAUGAUAUGCGGCAUCAUGAUGCAGACCGCCCUGCAGCUUGGCUUACACCGACCUACUCACGCCCAAGACUUCAGCAAAUUCCGAGUCGAGCUCAGGGAGGCUGAGCUACAAGACAGAGUGGUGGUCUGGAGUGUCUGCAAUCUUGUGGCGCAGAGGAUAUGCACGGCAUAUGGGCAGCCUCCUCUCACAAUCUACGACUGGACUCUUGGGCCGAAACCCAUAGAGACCAAUCCAAGCUAUGAAUUACCAGCAACGAUCUCCAAUCGCUUGAUGAUUGAGAAGUUCGUCGACAAGGUGUCCCGGACGUUGUAUAUGAACCCGCAUGAUCCGGUCGGACUGGCGACCGACCUGGAACGGCCCACGUAUGUGUCCUUUUUGGCGCAUGAUCUGGAAGAAUUGGAAAACAAGCUGCGUAACGAUGCGUCUCCGAUCACCAAAAUCUACCUGAAGGCGGCGGCGCUGCAUAUGAGGCUCAGUGCGUUCUUCUCGCCUCCAUCGCUUCCGUCAUACCGAGCCGAUAUGCUGAAGCUGUACUAUGCAACGACCGAGUAUCUGGAGGCCUGUCUAAGCUUGGAAUCCAGUAUGACAGUUCAUCUGCCGUCGUCUUACCAACAUGGCCUGUCCUUAUCGCAUGGGACCAAUUACAUCUUCCACAUGAUGUUGGCGGCGGGCUUCUCUCUGCUGAAGCUGAUGCGCAACUUUGUCGGCGAGCAUGAGCUUGACGCCAAAGGUGCAUCUGAACUGCUCUCGAGGACUGUGUGGGCGCUGAGAAGCAUGAGCGUCAGCGAGAAUGAUCUUGCCGAGCGACUGUCCGAAGUCCUGGCGCAGGUCUGGAAGAGCGGAAGGGUGGAAGCAGGGCCGAAUCGCAACGCCGUCGGCGACGAUGAUGUCGAUGACAGUCUCCAGCUGAAAGUCAAGUGCCGCAUGUCCAUGUCCCUGGUCUUCGACUCUGUGUGGCGAUGGCGUCGAAGUUUCCAGUUCAAAGGCGGAAGACCGUCUGACCUGAGGGACAGCAACGUCACGCUUCAACAAGUCGACAAUCCGAUAGUCGUCCCUGCUUCGAAUGUCGAGCCGAACGCUACCGUGAACGAUCCAAUGCUGUCGAGCUCUACCAUGGUGCCCGGGAUGGCGGGUAUGGCCACAGGAAUGGUGGACGACACCAGCAUGGACUACGGCCAGGCCAGCUAUGAUGUGUUUGAUCCAUUGAACUGGAUGCUGGAUGGCAUUGUGGAGUUUCCUUACAAUUUCAACAACGUGCAGAUCAACGACCCGUCGAGGGUAGAAUCAUUGGGAGGAGGCAUAUAG